GGGGCGGUUGGCGGUUGAGGAGCGCGGCGGCUACAGCGCAUGCGUGCGGAGCGAGAGGCCUUCCCGCUUCCCCCCGACGAGAGCGGCGGUGUUGCCGUGCCGGCCUCUUCUGCGGCCGUGAUUUCGCCUCCCGAGAAGUCUUGCGCUCAGCAGAGGAUGCUUUUAUCUUUGGCCUCAAGAAACAAACGGGCAAGGACAUUUUCCUCGCGUUCCGCAGACGCCGUUUUCCAAAGGGGCUCGCUGUGGCCUAGUAAGCAACGGGAAUCUUCCGAGGUUGGCAAAGAUCUCCAAGCUCAUCCGGUCCGGCUGUCCACCCAUCACCGUGCGGAGCCCAUCUCCACCUCCGUCUCCGUCUCCGUCUCCGUCUCCAAGAAGGGCUGUAAGGAGGAUCCGGGGAAGUGCAGGCCUGUUAGCCUGAGCUCGGUGCCAGGGAAGGUGAUGGAGCAGACUGUCUUGGGGGAGACCACGCGGCACGUGCGGGACGAGCGGGGAUCAGGCCUAGCCAGCGUGGGUUCACGAAGGGCAGGUCCUGCUCGACCAAGCGGAUCUCCUGCGAUGAUCUAGCGACCCGCCUGGUGGAUGAGGGAAAGGCUGUUGCUGUGGUCUAGCCAGACUUCAGCAAAGCCUUUGACGCUGUCUCCCACGGUAUUCUCCUGCAGAAGCUGGCAGCCCGUGGCUUGGACAGGGUCCCGGUCGGAAAGGCGAUUUUGCGGAUCCAAGCAGUCCAAGAAGGAGGGCGUCCGGCUCUUUCCAAGAGCAGGGAACUCCUCUGAAGCCGAGCUUGCUCUGAGAAUUUCAUCAUGUCUCAGCGAGGAGUCGACUGCUACUUCUAUUUCUACUCCACCUGCACGAAGGGAGACAGCUGUCCCUUCCGCCACUGUGAAGCGGCUCUGGGGAGCGAACAAGUGUGCCGGCUGUGGGUGGAGGGUCGCUGUUCCAGUGGCAACUGCAAGUUCAGGCACAUGAGAAUUGAUAAGAAGCGCAGUGAGAUUCCGUGCUAUUGGGAGGAUCAACCAGGAGGCUGUCAGAAAGCCCACUGCGCCUUUCUCCACUUGAAGGAACGCGGUGGGAACGGACUGGCCGUACCACCAAGCCAAAAAGCUGACGCCAGUGGCCUUCCUCCGAAGAGCGGCCUUGCAGGAAGUCUGGGCAAGAAGCCUGGGAAGGCACCAAAGAGAGGUACAGAUACUCAACAGGCAUCUGGGCUUGAUGCACUGUCUUUCUGCUUAGCUGUUCUGAUUGUUCUUUCCUGGGACUGUUCCCUGCAGUUGACAUCCCAACUUCCUCCCAUGGCCCGGCUGGAAAAAAAACGCAAGCGAUCUGAGGAGGAGGAGGGAAAAGUAAAAGAAUUGCCCUGCAAGAAACGAGUCAAGGGUGGACGCAAGGAGGCCGUGAAGCCUAUUGAUUGGAAAACCACCUUCCCCCCCAAGCAGAAACGGAAACGAAAAGCAGCAGAGAUGCAUCCAUCUGCUGCUGAGGACACAGAUGAGCCCCCAGCUAAAAAACUACCUACGGCCAUCGUUCCAGCCCUGCCCGGGGACAGCCUGGUGACCAUUCCUGCAGUCGAAACACCUCCAAGCAGCCUGGAACUGCUUCCAGGAAGCCAGGCGGACUCCGUGGCACAGUCGGAGGUCUCAAGUGCACCAUCCUAUUCCUCACAAGACGCAGCUGAGACACAGCAGCUGAGCUGCGCAGAGGCGGGGGAAGCACUCGUCUCUGAAGAGGACGAUCUCGAGCAGUUCGUGAUGGAGAUCACAGGAGAACUGGAAGGAGAAAUUGAGGUGGACGCUGAGAAGGAUGUGGACGAGCUCCUUCUGGAACUGUCUGACAUCAUUGACAGUGUAACACCAUAGACUGAUUGUCUAUUUUACAACCAACAGCAACAACCACCAAUUAAAACCAACCCUGUUCCUUUUCAA